GCAAUAAUAAUAAUAAUAAUAAUAAUAAUAAUAAUAAUGAUAAAGAAAAUUAGUUAUUUUGAUAAUAUGGGAUUUGUGGAACCUCCAUUAACCUCUGAUUUAAUCUAAUAAAUUAUUAUAAACUGUUGACGUUCAGUUGUUAGCUAAUAAUCAACCUUAUAAUCUGUUGUAUCUGACCCCCCUACCAUGGAAUAAGAUACUUCAUUAGUAUAUUUAUUUAUUUAUUUAAAAAAAUAAGAAAACUAAUUAAAACUUACACUGAAAUAGUAUUUAGUAUUUAGUAAAAAAAAAAAAAAGUAUUUAAGCAAAACCCCACCUCUUUAAUUGUGUUUAUGCGAGCAUGAGUAAUUCAGUGUCAAUCUGCAGGUCUGCCUGUAAAUUACAGCAAAUUAAUCUGAUUUAUGUAUCGAAAAAAUCCCGGCCAAUUGAUGUGAUUAUAGCUGUAUCAAAGUAGGGUUCCGGACAGAUGAGCCAAGUACUGAAAUGAGAUUAGGUUUUUGAAUAGAUUUUUUUUUCAAUUAUUAUUUUAAGUAGGGUGUCCUUAAACCCCAAACGUUCAAAAGCUUUUAAUCGGCUCUAAUAGCUUCAACAAUCGCAAGUAAAACGGAGAACUUCUGGGGUUCAACCUGGUUUCGUUUUCGCAAAAUUAAUCCAUUAGGCUAAUCUGAGCCCCCAGAGCUGCUUUUAAUCAAACUGGACUCGUGGCAUUUCGAAAACGACUCUUGUGCAGCUUUAAUAAACCCAAACAGGGUAUAUUUGUAUCAUCGACCAGAAAUAAAGCAACACACUGUAUAAGCCAGUACUAAGCUUCAUGACAAAAUGUCCCAGGCAUGUUGUUACCGUGUUGGUGAAUUAGUAUGAGUAGAAUAUCGACAGGAUUUUGAUGUGUACUGGACUGGGAUUGUGUCUGUCUCCCUGCGUUUUGAUCCAGACAACCUGCCAUUCAGACCCUGGGUCAAUUUGUGCCUUUAUUCAUUUCUCAAACAACCACGCGCGCACUUCUCUCUGCGUUUUCUCACAUCAUCAUAUCUCUAUUUGUAUUUAUUUAUUUAUUUAUUUAUUUAUUUAUUUUAUACCGAGGACCUAGUACACUUAAGGAUGGCCCAAUGUCAUUUGUUGACAUCAAACUGAGACAUCCAGUUGUCAUGUAGACUGGUCUACAAUUCAAAAUAAGCCAAUAGUACUAAAUAAUAGUCUUAAUAAUGCGUGCAUAGUCAAGAACUGUAUUUGGUGACUGUAAAUGUGAGAGAAGUCUAAAUUGGAAAUAUGUUUUAUUUAUUUAUUUAUUUAUUUAUUUAUUUAUUUAUUUUAUGUGGUAUCAAAUGUCUUUGGGAUGAAAUGUUGCUACUACGACUGAACAUGUCGACUAUUUUUCGUUGGGAAUAUAAACUGUUUAAACCAAGUCUCAUUUCGACAAAAAGAUCAAAUGCGUACUGAGCGCGGGAGACUCGAUGAAAUUGUGAGCGUCUUGCUCGCAGGUGAUUGGCUGCCGACUUCGGGCCCUUGUAGGGAUGGACCUUUUGGAUAAAAGGAGAAUUUCUGGGGGGAUCGCGUGUAUUUGCACUGGUGGAUUCCUGUGCACAAGGGAAACGGGGACUAUCCUCAAAGGCACCAUGACGGGGAAGGAAGGGGCUGUGUUAUCGGAGAGUUUGAACAAACCGAAAUUAGCUGAAAACGGAGGGAAUAGCAACCCGCACUUGUCAAAGAGCAUUACAUCACACGCACCCAGAUGCACGGGCUUCGGCAUCCAGGAGAUUUUGGGGUUGAAUAAGGAGGCGUCCUCAGCGCCUCGGAGCGCGCUGGAAUCCAUCCCCGGGGGCGCGCACUUGCUGGCCGCGCGCUCCAUGCUUGGCCCCGCCGCAGUCGGGGUCGGAAUGGGAUUCAUCGGACCCGGGGGUAUUCCGUCCUUCUACAGGCAGCCUUCGUUUCUGGAGGUCCUGUCAGACGCGCAGAACGUCCAUCUCCAACCUCUCAACAAAACAGCACCUCAGGAGGCCGGACAGUCUGCCAGCUCAGACUCAGAGGAUGUUUCUUCGAGUGAACGAAAAACAUCCAAGUCUUCCCUGGGCCAGAGCAAGAAGCGAAAGAAGAGGCGACAUAGGACAAUAUUCACAUCUUAUCAACUGGAGGAACUGGAGAAAGCUUUUAAUGAAGCUCAUUAUCCCGAUGUCUACGCCAGAGAGAUGCUGGCUAUGAAGACUGAACUACCAGAAGACAGAAUACAGGUCUGGUUCCAGAAUCGUCGAGCCAAAUGGAGAAAGAGGGAGAAGUGUUGGGGUCGGAGCAGUGUGAUGGCUGAAUAUGGGUUGUAUGGGGCCAUGGUGCGUCACUCCAUUCCUCUUCCAGAGUCUAUACUGAAGUCUGCCAAAGAUGGAAUUAUGGACUCCUGUGCCCCCUGGCUACUAGGGAUGCACAAAAAGUCACUGGAGGCAGCGACAGGCACAUCGAGUCGGAAGCCAGACAUCCCUCAGCAUCCAAACAAUGCCAACGUUGACGAUACUGAUGCCGAGGAGCGGAGGAGCGACUCACCCAUGUCUAAAGAGGAACUGAGGGAGAACAGCAUUGCUGCUCUCAGGGCCAAAGCACAGGAGCACAGUGCCAAAGUGCUGGGGACAGUGUCUAGCAAGGGACUCGACCAUAAAACACAAGGAGAAAUGGAGGAGAAGUCCAGCGUGGAACACUCAGACUCCCAAGAAGAGAAAGAGAGCUCUUAGAUAUGUACUUAUAACCUUUGGUCAAACAGCAUUGUGUCUUUCUGUAGCUUUCCUUAAAACAAAUCCCGAUUAUCUCUUCUGUAUUUCCUCGGAAACCACAGGCAAACAGUGGAUCUCCUCUUACCUAGCUAGUGCUAUUUUCCUAUUCCCACUUAGAGCUUCUGCUAUUUUAAUUGAUAAGUUCACAUGUUGAUUGGAAAAUACAGAAAGCAUGACAUGCUAAUGUUUAUUUUUACUUUAUAAGAUGUGCUUAACCACUAAGUGUCAUUUGGUUCUACAUAAAGUGUAUGCUAGUACAAGAAACAGCCACAUUCUGGUCAUAUUUGGUGGUAUUAAUGGUGGGUUCCCAAGGACUCAAACUAUAUCAAAAACCGAUGACAUGUUCUUCAAUCUUAUUAAACCUAAUAAUUUCUUUUAUUGCUACGUUAAAAAGUACUAUUUCUCUAAAAGUCUAAAGUUUCUCUUAAAGUCUGUACACUGUUACUUUUUACAAGCACUUAGUGGUUGGUUCAUACGUUGUGUUAGAAUGUAACACUGUACAUACUGUAAAUAAAGAUAGCUUGCUACAGUAUUGUUUGAAGUACACUUUGAUGUACUUAUAAUAUGUGGGGUUAUGUUCUGAGUAAAAUGUUGAUCAGAUUAUUAAAAAAAAAAAAAACAACAUCUGCAAUGUUGACCUAUGCCUUUUGUAUGGGAAAAGUGAUCAAACAUAAAAUCCUCAUGAUUUUUUUUAAAGACUCCAAAUGGAAUUUUGA